AUGCCUCCUGCUGCAGCCCACGGUAACCCAGCACACGCUCCCGCACCACCUGUUCCCGCUCAGACAUCUAGCGGUCCUGGGUUGAUGGCCCAGAUGGCCGCAACUGCCGGUUCCGUCGCUGUUGGAUCUACCAUUGGUCACGGUAUCUCGUCUAUGCUGUUUGGCUCCAGCUCAUCUGCAGCACCCGCGGAGUCAGUAGCGCCUGUACAACAACAACAAGCAUACCAGACAACUGGCGCUGCUUGUGAAGUUCAAGCUAAGGAGUUUACCAAGUGCUUGGACAAGGCAGACCUGCAAAGUUGCUCAUGGUACCUUGACCAGUUGAAAGCUUGCCAAGCUGCCGCCGCUCCCUAUUAA